CAUUCGCGUUCCGCCGUUGCAUGUCCCAACGGCCCGCCAUGGCUGCAGUAGCGCUGCUCCUGUUGUGCUCAGCCGCUGCGGAGCGGGCAAGCCUGGAGUUGCGACAUGGUGAUGGCCAGCAUAGCGCAUCGCUGGAGCUGGACGCCGACCCGUGCCCGGCGGACCCAAAGGCGGUGAGGGCGCUGCAGGCUCUGGGCUUGCGCGGGAGCGGCUCCGUGUGCCAGUGGAAGGGCGUGAAUUGCCGUGAUUGCCAGGUCCUGGGUGUGAAAAUCAGCUCGCCGAAGCUGAAGGGAUCCAUCGAGGAGCUGAAGUACUUCAGCGGCCUGAAGGUGUUGAACCUCAAAGGUCAGGUGAACGGAGAUGUGGGUGCACUCCAAAACCUCACAGAGCUGACGGAGUUGUCUCUGGAGGGCUCGCAGGUGUAUGGCGAUGUUGCGCACCUGAGGAGCCUGCGUCAGUUGCGGUAUGUGAAGCUCACCGACAGCCGCGUGUACGGGAACCUGCAGGUCUUCCAGGGGAUGGAAGGCUUGCGGGAGCUGCUUCUGGGGCUUACCCGGGUGCGAGGCCAUCUUCAAGCGCUGGCGGGCUGCAGGAACAUGACGCUUCUGGUGCUGCGAAGGCUGCAGGGUGUGACCGGCACCAUGAAGAGCUGUGAGAACAUGACGCAGCUCAAGAUCCUGUUCCUGAGCGGGACGCAGGUGGAGGGGGAAUUGCAGGCUGUGGGGGAGCUGCGACGGCUCUUCCUCAGCGAGACCAAGGUCCAUGGCAACCUCUCUGCGCUGAGGGCAACGCGCGGAUUUUCUGCCUUGGAGACUUUGGACUUAGCGGGCACCGGCGUCUUUGGGGAUCUUGUGGCGCUCAAGAACCACUUCAACCUUGUGAGGGCGUACUUGAGCGACACCUUGGUGUCCGGCGAUUUCGCCGUGCUGCACAAGGGCAAACAGAAGAAUGUGUGCCGCUUGCAGGAGCUGACCCUCAAGGGCACCAACGUCUUCGGAGACCUCAAGGAUCUUCCCGGCUAUGCCCAGCUCGUCAGAUUGGACCUGCAGGGCACUUCGGUCACCGGGCGCUUGUCCAGUGCUUUGAAGGGCUGCUGCCAGAAGCUGGGCCAACUUGUGCUCAGUGACAGCCGCGUGACUCUGCUGCCGACGCCAGAGGAAUUGGCAGUGCUGCGGCAGGCCAGCAACCUGGAGUUGUUUUCACGAAGAGCAGCGGCCGGUUGUCGGGCCGGUUACCGACUGCCCGAGGGCUACUCCACCGACCGCAGCGCUACGCUGCUGCCUGCGCUGGUGACCCUGGAGGUCUCCAGGAGCCCCUUACUCGGCCCGGUGGAGCACCUACUGCUGCCGCUGGCAGGGUCCCCCAACGUGGCGCGCCUUGUGGCCAGUGGAUGCGGCCUCUUCGGAACGCUUCCCAACCUCCAGGCCUUGGACUCGGUGACGGUGGACGACAGGAUGUAUGCGCGCUGGGUUAGCUUUAUAUCCAAGUCCCUGCAGCUGCUGGACCUGUCCGAGAACCAGAUCACCCGCGUGGAGGGCGUUCCGGCGCAUACCCUCGUGAGCCUGGCCUCCAACGGGGCCUUGUCCAUCCACCCGGGGCUGCUGGCCAAGGCCCUCGAGGAGCGCGUGGAGGUGAAACUCCAGGGCACCGCGUUGUUGAACCAGAGCGAGGUGUUGCAAAUGGUCGGCCGCGGGGAGCUGAACAUGACCGAGGACUUCAGGAUGACCGACAUCAAUCGGGGCUUCACCUGCCACGGCCUGGACAGUGUGUUGCUCCAGGUGUCUCCGGAGCUCUUCCUGCCGCAGGCGCUGUGCGGAUGUUCGCCGGGCUGGUACGGCAGUGGCAAAGACUGCCGCAGGUGCCCAGCAGGCACAUACAACAAGCACUUCAACAGAAGCUUCUGCAAGCCGUGCCCGGGGGAGCAAAAAUCUCCUGUCGGGGCAGCCUCUGUGCGUAUGUGUCUCUGCAGCAUCGGGGAGAUUUACGACCAGAAUGCUUGGAAUGGCACCAACACGUCGAAGCGCGACUACGCGUGUGGCUGCCCGGAUGCUCAGGCGCUUCACGCGGGUGCCUGCGUGGGUUGCCCGGAGCUGCACCUGGACUGCAUCGGUUUCGGGGGCUUGGCCGUGAAUGCGCCGGCAACGGCUGGCUGGGCACGCCUGGCUGCGGGGGUGCAGACCUUCAGGUGCCUUGCGCCGGAGGAGCGAUGUGUGCCGGAGAACGACGGAUGUGCAGCCGGCUAUGGGGGGCCCUUGUGUGUCACCUGCGCUGACGGAUACCGCUCGACUCAGCGGGGCCUCUGCAAGCCGUGCGCUGACUUCGGCCGAUGGACAGCCCCCUCGGCGACUUCGGCUUCAGUAGUGGUUGGCAUAUUGGCGGCGGCUGCUGUGGCGAGUUUCGUGGUGUGGCGCAGGCGUCGGGCCACGUUGGACGGCUCGGCCGCUUCCUCCGCGGAAGCGGCGCCGUCAGCACGGGACGCGGCGCUGGCGCUGUUGGUGGUGGAGGGGCCCCUCCUGCUUCAGCUUUGUCAGCUGUGGGUGGUGGUGGCCGCGCUGGCUGGCAGUCGCCACCUGCAGGAAACGAAGGAGGAGGAGGCCGCUGACCGCAGCUUUGCUGCCGCCUUCCCGGAGCAGCCUUACAUGAAGUGGCUACAGCUGUCGGCCAUAGGCCUCCAGGACGCGCUGAGCCUGGAGUGCACCUACGGCGCGAGUGCGCGCAGCGCCGCCGCGGUGGCGGCGCCCCUCAUACCGCUGGCGCUGCUGGCGCUCUGCGGCGCGGUGGAGCUCUUCGCCCGCAGCUCCGGCAUUAGCCUGGCGCUGAAGGCGCUGACGCUCUUCUUUAUCGGCGGUGCUUCAGGCUGUGCGCGGCUGCUGAGCUGCCAAGACACGGACGGAGGCGGCGAGCCCUUGGGCGGCCACGCCUUCCGGACGGCCUUUCCACACCUCAAGUGCUCGGACCCGAGCUGGGUGGAUGGAUUGGGCUGGCUCUGCGCGAUCGCCUAUGGCGGGCUGAUCCCGAUCUGCCUGCUGGCCCUCAUGAUGAAGCAGCACGUGGCCCUCCAGUCGAGCAGGAAGGUGACUGCCUUUGUGAGCGAAUACGAUGACAAGCUCUUGGUGCGUGUGCACGAGUUCCGAGCCGCUGUCGGCACGGAGAAGGAGCCGAGCCGGGUCGAGGAGAAUCUGCUGGCGGCUGCCAUCGCGCAUGCGACGGUCCUGCUCCGGGGGAAGGUGAGAAUGCAGCCGGAGGACGGCGGGAUGAGCUUGGAGUUGCUGGGUGUUUCCAAGGGCGAGGUCCUCUCUGCGAGCAGCCAGCUCAAGGACAUGCUGGAGAUCAAGACCAGCGCGGACGCGCAGCGGUGCAGCGCUAUCACCCGGAUGCUGAUGGAGCGUAGCCUCUUGGACGGAGCCAGGGAAUCUGACCGAAUGCUGGCUGGUGCAAGGAACCUUCUCUCCAAAUAUGUGUGGUGCCAAGAUGUUUGGGUGGAGAUUGUGUUGAGGCUCGCUGCCGUGGCGCUGGUUUCGGUGGUGUCGCGUGAGGACGGCCUCGCCUUCUCCGUGGGGAUUUGUGUGGGGGUGGGUGCUAUGGUGGGGGCGUUGCAGCCUUACGUGCAGCGCCAGGUCAAUGACCUGCAGUGCUGCUGCUUCUUAUGCCUCGGGGUGGCCUCGCUGGGCUUUGGGUUUGAGCUCAUUUGGCUGGCCCGAGCGGCUCUUCUUCUGCCCUUCCUGCUCCUCUGCUCUCAGAUCUGGCACCCAGAUUGCCCGGAAGAAGUGGCACUGCGGCUGUUCAAGGCGCUUCAGCCGAAACUGCCGCUGCAAGGGCAGGCGCUGGAGGUGGCCGUCGAGCCUUUGACCCUUUGAGGCCGAGCCAAGUGGAUUGACAGGGUGUGUGUUGCUUGGAAGGUCCCCCGUUUCACUUUGGUUCCGGACAACCACUCAUGUGGCGCUGCUUUUGGGGGUAU